AUUGCUGUCUAUUCCUGGAAGCCCCCUGUACUGCCCUAAUAGUGAACUGGGCUUCAUUACUUGUGCUAAUACAUGCUUUGAGCCUAGGGGUGCAAACAUGGUUGCUCAUGCUUUAGCUAAGUAGUCUCUAAUAAAUACUAGUGAUGCUCACACAUGGCGGGGGAUGUCCCACCAGAAUAUCAAUUCCUUGUAAUGGCCGAUUUGGCCUCUUCAUCUACAGAAGAAAUUAGUUUUGGCCCAUGUAUAAAUGGAUUUCACAAUCAAGUUGUUUAAAAUUUUGCAGAGCAGAUACUGCACUGGCAUAUAACACAGAACUAUGCAAAGAUCCCUCCUGAAGGGACUCCAAAAAUUCCUGCAGAAACAAAACCAUCCAUGUAAUCUACUCUUUAGGAAAAUUAGUGCCAAUAUUUGUACACAUAACAAUCACAAUGUCAACCAAAUCCCUCAAAACAUUGGAUCUUGGUACACUCUUGCACAAGGUGGCUCUAGUAAAGAGCUGGCACUGUACACCGCCUCUAAAUUGCUCAGUUUUUAUGACAUUAAACCUGACGCCUAUUCUCUGGUUCACUUGGUUCGGACUUCUACGGACCUGGGCCUUCACUCUUAUUGCCAACAGCUUCAGUGCUACAUUUUAAGAUCUGGGUUUGGCGCCAGUGUCUUUGUCUCCACUGCUUUAUUAAGGUUUUAUAAAAUGAAAGAGUCCAUAAAUGAUGCCUAUAAGUUGUUUGUUGAAAUUCCUCAUCCAAAUGUAGUUUCUUGGAAUACUUUGAUUUCUGCGUAUGUGCAGACUGGACAUUUUAGGAAAGCAUUGGGCUUAUUUCUUCAACUUAAUAGGUCCGAUGUUUGUCCAGAUGCCUACUCUUUCACAGUGGCUUUAUCAGCUUGUGGCCAGUUAAGUAUGUUGCAGUUUGGCAGGUCAAUUCACUGCAAGAUUGUGAAAUGUAGCUCGGAUUGUGGUGUUGUUGUUGGGAAUUGCUUGAUUGAUAUGUAUGGGAAAUGUGCUUCUGUUAAGGAGGCAACUUGGGUUUUUGAUAAAUUGAUUGAUAAGGACAUAAUUUCUUGGAAUUCAGUUAUUGCAGCAUGUGCUAGAAAUGGAAGGCUUGAAUUGGCAUACAAUUUUUUCUGUCAGAUGCCUGAGUUGGAUACGAUUUCAUAUAAUGAAGUGAUUAAUGGCAUUGCUCAGUUUGGCAAUAUAGAGGAUGCUAUUGCAAUUUUAUUGAAUAUGCCGCAUUCAAAUUCAUCUUCUUGGAAUUCAGUCAUAACAGCUUAUGUUAACAGAAAUCAAGCACGAGAAGCAUUAGAAUUUUUCACUAAAAUGCAUUCAAGUGAUAUUAAAAAGGAUGAGUAUACUUAUUCCGUCAUUUUGAGUGGUGUUGCUGGUGCUGCGGCUUGGAAAUGGGGAAUGCUGAUCCACUGUUGCGCAAUAAAGGGAGGUUGGGACACAUCUGUAGUUGUUGGGAGUGCUCUCAUUGACAUGUACUCCAAAUGUGGGCAAGUAAAAAGUGCUGAAUCAAUGUUUCAAUCCUUGCCUGUAAGGAAUUUGAUAACAUGGAACGCGAUGAUCUCAGGCUAUGCUCACAAUGGCAAUUCGUAUGAGAUGAUCCAGCAUUUUGAGGAAAUGAAAAUGGUUGAAGAUUUGAAGCCUGAUUCUGUUACCUUUCUUAAUGUAAUAUCUGCAUGCUCUAACACUGAGGUGCCAUUACAGAAGGCAGUUCAUUACUUUGAAUCAAUGAUCAAUGAUUACAUGAUUGAACCAACUAUUGAGCAUUGUUGUUCGAUGAUUAGGCUUAUGGGACAAAGAGGGGAGGUGUGGCAGGCAAAGAGGAUGAUCUAUGAACUAGCCUUUGGAUCAUGUGGGGUAGUUUGGAGGGCUUUGCUUAGUGCUUGUGGAGCUUGUAGGAAUUUGAAGGUCGCAAAAAUUGCUGCAGCAAAGGUAAUUGAAUUGGAGGGUGAUGAUGAUUAUGUUUAUGUUACGAUGUCGAACAUAUUUGCAUCCUAUGGCCAAUGGGAAGAUGUAAGCAAAGUCAGAAAGAUCAUGAGGCAGAGAGAGGUGAAAAAAGAAGUGGGCCGUAGUUGGAUUGAGGUGGAAAUGGUUGCUCCAUAAUCAUUUCAUGUGGGCAGGUGAUGAUGAAGCUGUUUAGUAACAUACUCUGAAGAACGAUAUGAGUGAUGGACUUGAAACGUCAUAGCUACCAUGACUAAGUUAUACACUCACGCAAACUGUAUUAUAAAGUUAACAUCCUAGAGAGAGGUUCCUCUAUGUUUACUCAAACUUCUGCAGAUGUAAAUCCCCAUGUGUAAAACCGAUUAGUGCAUUCCUGCACUAGUCCGCCAGAAAAAAUUACAUAAUAGAUUCGGUAUAAAAAUAGAAGAUCAGUGGAUAAAAUUAUCAAGGCCUCAA